AUAUUUUUCAUAAUGAUGUGUUAUUGGAUUUUCUGUUUUGUAUGCAGUCACCUCUUCUCCCUCUACUCCUGGUGCUCCUUCUCUGCCUGUUAUCUCAUACCAAUGCAACAAGGUCAUACCAAUGAAAUUGACACCCAAGGUCAAGAUACUGAUGAACCAGUUAAGAAGAGUCGAGGGGGUUGUGGUGCUCAACAACCUACGCUCACUAUUGAAGGUAUGAAAAUGAUUGCUGAAUACAAGCUUCAGAAGAAGAAAAAUGAUGACCCAGAACAGCUUCCUGAACCUGUUGAAAGGAAACAGCAGCUCUCCGCUGAAAGGGUAGCUUCAAUGAAGAAAUGUUUCUAGCUAUGUAUUUUCUAUGUUUUGUUCUCGUCAAUUUCUAGCUGAGCAAGACUUACAACGCGAGCAUUAUAUGACAAUUUCUAGCUAUGUAUUACAGAUUUUAAUGAAAUCCAUAUUGUGUCGAAUGUUAAUGAUUCAGUUA